UCGAUGUGACAGCUCGAGCGAGCGGCCGGUGACAGAGAGGAUGUGAAGGGGAGAAGGAGGCGGUUCGCGGAAUUUGUUGCGGUACGCACAAGUUUUUUCUGUGUGGAAAUCCCUCGGUUGUUUGUGAACCAACGGCAAGUCCACAGCGAUGUCUGUCACACACGGCUGCUGGUUAUUCCACACAUUCUCUACCGGAUGAUCCCGAGUUGGCGUUUGGAUUAUUGCUCCUGCUACAUCCUUUUUUUUCUUCUCUCGCGGUUGAUAAAUUAAUCAAUCGACCCCGCUCAGGACGACAGCUCUGUGUGUGGACUUAUUGAUCGACUUCAUCCUGGACGCUGUGUUCCAAUAAGGAACGGGCACAAGUUGCAGUUGUAAGUGGCCACGCUGGACUGGGGAGUGGAGAGGACCGGGGAGACGCACACGUGUAUCCUCCGCUCCUUCCUCCGGCUGCUCUCACACUGACCCCCCCCCCCCCCCCCCAAGACUCUCUCUGCGUAAAAGUAGUUUAUUUGGGGCUCGUCAGUGCAAAGUGACAGCCAAGCAUGUCGCUGAGCAGAGGCAUCGAGUUCGAGCACUUCGAGGAGCGAGAGAAGCCCCAGCGGCCGCCGAGGACCAGCUCGGUCGCCGGGUCCCAGUCCGGCUCCAGGGGCAACGGGCUGGCGCCGAGCCCGGCGCACAGUGCGCACUGCAGCUUCUACCGCACGCGCACGCUCCAGUCGCUGACGACCGAGAAAAAGGCCCGAAAAGUGCGCUUCUACCGCAACGGGGACAAGUACUUCAAGGGGCUGGUGUACGCCGUGUCCAGCGACCGGUUCCGGUCCCUGGAUGCCCUGCUCAUGGAGCUCACGCGGUCCCUGUCGGACAACGUCAACCUGCCCCAGGGAGUGCGCUCGCUGUACGCGCUGGAUGGAGGCAGCAGGAUCACCGGUCUGGAGGAGUUAGUGGAGGGUGAGAGUUAUGUGUGCGCCUCCAACGAACCCUUCCGACGUGUGGACUACAGCAAGAACGUCAACCCCAACUGGUCAGUGGGCAGCAAGACUGGCACGUCACGCUCCCUCUCCUCUCUCAUCUCGCUGAAGGGUGAGCUGCAGCGCGAGUCCAAGGACUUCAUCAAACCCAAGCUCGUCACAGUCAUCCGUGGCGGGGUCAAACCCCGCAAGGCAGUUCGGAUACUGCUGAAUAAAAAGACGGCGCACUCCUUCGAGCAGGUGCUCACCGACAUCACAGAGGCUAUCAAGUUGGACUCCGGAGCUGUGAGAAGACUGUAUACUUUGGAGGGCAAGCAGAUUACCUGCCUGCAGGACUUCUUCGGAGAUGAUGAUGUGUUCAUAGCGUGCGGCCCAGAGAAGCACCGCUAUGCCCAGGACGACUUUGUGUUGGAUCACAGUGGUAAGGCUUCCACAGCCUUUAUGACUGAAUGCAGAGUGCUGAAGUCAUCGUACGGCCGCUCUGCGACUCCAACCAGGACGGCUAAGAGCCCGGGACCGUGGCGACGCAGCAAGUCCCCUGGUGCGGUAAGGCGACCUUUCCACUACUCCACCACUCAGUCUCCCAACAAAUCACCAGCGAAUGGAGUCUCAAGCAGCCAGAUCUCAACUCCGAGGUCCACCAAGUCCUCCACCCCGUCCCCCACCAGCCCCCGAACCACCCCCAGCUUCACGAUCCCUCCAUCACUUCACAUCUCCUCCCCCAAUGUAAACGGCUCAUUGAACAACCACCAAGAGCAACGCAAUCACCUGAGUCCGGAGGCAGUUAAUGGCAACCGAUACCUUCCUGCCUCCACCAUUCUGGAAAAAUACCAAGUCGGGAAGGUCAUCGGAGACGGCAACUUCGCCGUGGUCAAGGAGUGUGUGGAGAGGUCCACAGGAAAAGAGUUUGCGCUGAAGAUCAUCGACAAGGCCAAGUGCAUCGGAAAGGAGCACCUCAUUGAGAACGAAGUGGCGGUGCUGCGGAAGGUGAAACACCCCAACAUCAUCAUGCUGGUGGAGGAGCUGGACACCGCCUCUGAGCUGUACCUGGUCAUGGAGCUUGUCAAGGGAGGGGAUUUAUUCGAUGCCAUCACCUCCUCGACCAAGUACACCGAGAGGGACGCCAGCGUCAUGAUCUACAACCUGGCCGGAGCCCUGAAGUACCUGCACGGCAUGAACAUCGUCCACAGAGACAUCAAACCGGAGAACCUGCUGGUGUUCGAAUACCCGGACGGCGCCAAGUCGCUGAAGCUCGGGGACUUCGGCCUGGCCACCGUGGUGGAGGGACCGCUGCACACCGUGUGUGGCACCCCCACGUACGUCGCUCCGGAAAUCAUCUCGGAGUCCGGUUACGGUCUGAAGGUGGACAUCUGGGCUGCGGGGGUCAUCAACUACAUCCUGCUGUGCGGCUUCCCUCCGUUUAGAAGUGAGAGUAACUUGCAAGAGGACCUGUUUGACCAGAUCCUUCUGGGGCGACUGGACUUCCCCAGUCCUUACUGGGACAACAUCACCGACUCAGCCAAGGAGCUGAUUGGAAAAAUGCUGCAGGUCAACGUCGAGGCUCGAUACACGGCACAAGAUGUCCUCUCCCACUCAUGGGUCACGGACGAUGCAGUCAUGGAGAACAACAUGAUGAUGGAGGUGUCAGGUAAACUGAAGACGCACUUUAACACUGCGCCAAAGCACAACAACACCACAGCCGGUGUGUCGAUCAUCAUGAACACAGCUCUAGAUAAGGCGACCCUGCAGCUCGGCGCUCGCCGCGGCCCAGGCCCCCGGACAGCGCCUCGCUCCACCCCGCCCGCCUGCAGGAAAGUCCCGUCUCCCCUCCCGACCCGAGCGGCCUCGCCGACGGAGGCGGGACCGACUCCUGCGGCCGGACGAACGUCACGCGCCAAGUCGCCCGGACCCCUCGAGCUGCCGCCGCCCACCAAGACGCCGGGGGCGUGUGUGCCCGGAGCCGACCCUCCCGGCUCUCACCUCCAGAAGGCACCCGACCCGUCCGCCGCUCAGCUUCACCUCUCUCCCUCUGCUCCUGUGAGUUCGCUUCGGUUCUCGCCUUCACCCUCUGCCGAAACUUUCCCCGUCGCAUCUCUGCCGCUUUCGUUCCCUCAUGAGAUACGCUCGUUGCCCGCGUCCCCCUCGGCUGCUCCCCUCCCCCCAGGAGCCCCCUCACCCUCGGGCCCCUCUGGCCUUUUCACCUGCACAACGUCCUCCUGUCCUUCCCCAUCAUCUCCUCUUCCUCCCUCCUCUCCGAAAGCAGCAGCCCGCCAGUCUUCACCUUCCCCCGUCUCCCCCGUCGUGUUCUUCCCCCCUCCCCCCCCAACCAAACCAGAACCAUCCUCCCCCUCUCCCCUCCAUCCGACCCUGUUUCCCUCUCCUCCCUCAACACCGCCCAGAGCCGCGACCCCGCCCUCUGCCCCUCCUCUCCCCGCCGGAGAGCUCGCGGAGAAGGUUUAAAAGUCGUGGCUGAUCCGUGGUCAACCUCAUCCUCCGCUCCCCCCGUUUCCACGCAUGUAUCAUCAGACAGUGGGUCGAGCGGAGUACACAUCCACUUUGAGCUCCUUCCUGUAGCUGUAAACGGAGCCAGCGACUGCUGUGACCCCUUGUUUCUUUUUGUCAUUCAUGAGAUGGAGGAUAUGAGGCAAUUUUUUUUUUCAAUGAGUUGAUUGUGUGUAUAUAUGGGUUUGUAUUUAUUAAUGGUGGAUGUGGAUGAAAGGGAACGAACUGAAUAUCAGUGUUGUGAGCGGUUGUCGUUGGAAGCUGUGAAUCACUGUCUCACAUUGAUGUGAAUUCUUUCAUUUAUUUAUCAUCUCUUCUGACAGAUAUUCAUCACACAUGCACAUUGGCUUCAGUAGAAAGACAGUAUGUCCUUAGUCACCAUCAGUAUUUCCUCUGGCAACCCCCGUCCUGAUGACAACCACACAUCUACUCCUCUGAAGUUCUCCUACUCAGUAUCAUGUACAAAAUAAAGGUUCAUACCUAUCAACGUAUCAAACAGCUGAUAAAAGUUAAGGCGUUCUCAAUGUUCAUCAGUGGUGUAUUUCAAAGUGGUGAUAUUCAGACACAAACAUGGUCAAAGUUCAAGUAUGAAACAAUGUAAGAACAAGCUAAAUAUUAUUUUCUGUUGCUUCUUGUUCUUCUCACAUCCCUGCAUGGUGACCGUUUCAAACCAAAGAUUUAAAUUGCGUCAUAAAUACUUUCAGGGGGCUGAAGACAUGCAUUUGGCUAGAUCAAUCAUAUUUUCAGUUUUACCCUGCGACCCUUUUGUGGGGACAUGACCCACAGGUUGGGAAACCCUGCUCAAACGGUUUCUACCCAUGAAGAUAGUUUCGGCCUAAUUUGCAGAGGUUGUGAGAUAUUGAGAAUUUUGUUUGUGGUGCUCAGUCUAAAAAAACCCCCAAAGAGUUAUGUCUAUCCAGAAACACUAUGCCCAAUAGUCUGAACAAUUAAUAUAAAACAAAUGUAUAUCAGAAAUAUUCCCCAUUUAACAUAUAGCCCCAAGUCUCAACUAUCUCAGUUUUUAAUAGAGAAUAACCGAGUAACGGUUUCUGGAAGAGAUAUUGCAAUUGGAUACGUUGAAUUCUUCAUUGCAAACACAAUAACGUUCAUGGUCUUAAGCUAGAAAGAGACAUUUGAGCAUGCAAUCUAUUUAAAAACAUUCUUGAGCAGAGGCAUUUUAGAAAAAGGUAUAUCGCCAAAAGCUGGAAAGUUAAACAAUAAAACCAAAAUGAUUCAUAAAAGUUAAUUCCUUAGAUUACUUUUUACACCCUCUGUAAUGUAUACCAAUCACUGACUCAUUCAUUUACACACUGAUUGUAUUUAUUUUUGGUGUUGUUCAUACUUAGAAAAAACUGUCCACCUGAAACCUGAAGGUCUGCGUUUGCCUGCGUGUGUGUGUGUGUGUACAGUAUGUGUGUACAGUAUGUGUGUGUGUGAGCAGUCAUGGCCAGUCAAAGUCGGCACCUCAGUGCAGAACGGACGUGAGACCAAAGCGUCCGCCCGUUUCUCAUGACCUGCACAUUUCAAAGCUCAACUUUUUACUGCAACAUCUUUAAAACUACUCCAGUGCCAGUGAAGAGAAUUCCCACUGGUGACGCUGCACCGUGAGCCGCAUGAGACGAGUCAACGCUGCUCCUUCAAAAUAUUCAUUCAGUGUCCGUUCUUUUUUUUUUAUAUGUUGGAUUUACACAAUAAGAAUGAAUGUGUUGUUAAGGUGACACACCACUGGCUAACUGCUGAACGACGCCUUUAUCUAAACCAACUUGGCUGGAAAAUGGGAAUUUUAUUUGUUUUUUCCUUGUUUGUACCUGUUUUAAACUCCACAACAUCCGAUCCCAGCUGGUGUUAGUAGGGCCAACUCCUCCCCUGGACUCUGAGCUGCAUGAAAACUUCCUUCCUGCAUUUACUGCCUCCCUGUAAGACAAGAACCCCCCCCCCCCCCCCCCCUCACACAUACACACAGUCGAGUUGGUCACCUCGCUUCUAUUACGUAGAUGUAGUUAACGUAGAGUUUCAUAUGCUUCGUCAUAGCAGUUUGUAAGAGGACAGUUAACAACAGAUCAACUGUGUCAAACUGGAGUGAAGGUUUUUAUUGGACAGAGUGUGGCUGCUUUUAAUGUCCCACUAUUUGGAAACGGCAGCGAGAAGAAAACAAUAAAAAUGCAAUAAAGACUUCAAAUGAA